CUUACACCUGAGGCUUCUUCACUACACUACUUAGUAGUACUUGUGUAGGUGGGAGUUACAAUAAGUAGUCAGCCUGCCCUGCGAGGGUAGCUUUUAUCCCCCUUGUAUUUCCAAGGAUUGCUUGCUGUCACUCUUUCGUGCUCACCAAGCGCUCUCUUUCACUCCUUUGGAAGACCAUGUUGAAGGCUGCGACUUGGGCGAUAGCUCUACUAGCUGGCUCUGCUUCAGCACUCGGGGACCCCUUUCGGCUGUUAGGUUCGUCAUUUGGCACACCUGGGGACAAUGCGACGUAUGACUACAUCGUUGUCGGAGGUGGUACUGCAGGUCUUACUAUAGCUGCACGACUAGUUGAACAACAUGCCGGAACCGUUGCUGUCGUCGAGGCUGGAACAUUCUAUGAACUGAGUAACAGCAAUAAUAGUAUGCUUCCCGGGGGUGAUGGUGCUUUCACAGGCAAGGGCGUGACGGACUGGCAGCCCUUGAUUGACUGGGGAUACAUAACGGAGCCGCAAGCUGGCGCCAACGACUUAAGACUCCACUACGCGGCAGGCAAGACGUUCGGAGGAGGCUCAGCUAGAAAUUUCAUGGUGUAUCAACGUGGAACAGAGGGAUCGUACCAGAACUGGGCCGAUGAGGUUGGGGAUGACAGCUACACCUGGAGUAAAUUCCUUCCAUGGUUUCAAAAGAGCACACAUUUCGUGCCGCCCAACAUGAAUGCAAGGCCCGCAAACUCAACACCUGUGUAUGACGCGGGCAUCGUGGGCAAAAAUGGCCCCAUCGCCGCAGCGUAUCCGAACUGGCCCCAAGCAAUCGCUACAUGGGUAGUAGAAGGCCUCAAGGCUAUCGGACUCCCUGUAAUUGACGGGUUCAAUAGUGGCAAACUGAUCGGUCAGUCGUACGCUACAUUUUCGAUCGAUGGCAAGACAAUGUUGCGAAGCUCAUCAUCUACGGCGUAUCUGCAGCCAAAUCUCGGGAACACUGACCUGUACCUGUAUCACCUGACCUUGGCCAAGAAGAUCCUGUUUGACAACGAAAAGAAGGCCACGGGCGUAGUGGUCAACACCAUGGGUGCCCAAUACACGUUGAAGGCUAACAAGGAAGUCAUUGUUUCGGCUGGCGUAUUCGGCUCGCCGCAGUUGUUGAUGGUUUCGGGUGUAGGACCAUCUGAGACUUUGAAGAAACUGGAUAUCCCUGUCGUGGCUGAUAGACCUGGUGUAGGACAGAACCUACAGGACCACACUUACUUUGGGAUAACAUAUCGGAUCAACGCCAUCACCUUCUCAUCGCUCAUAAACCCUGAGUUUGCUGCUGAGCAGAAGGCGCUUUUCCAGGCCAAUGCCACGGGUAUCUACACUAACCCGACGGCGGACGUCAUCGGCUGGGAGAAGAUUCCCGCCCACCUCCGAAAAAACUGGUCCAAGGAGACCGUCUCUGCACUGGCAGAGCUCCCAGAGGACUGGCCUGAAGCAGAGUACAUCUCCCUUGGAUCGUGGCUGGGCGACGACUUCGACUCACGUUUCGCUGACCCGGCUGACGGCUACAACUACGGGACUCUGGUGUGUGCCGUCAUUUCGUCUCUCUCUCGCGGCACUGUAUCGAUAUCCUCGGCAGAUACGGCUGUGCACCCCAUCAUUGACCCCAACUCGCUGACUCACCCUGGUGACGUGGAUGUCGCCGUGGCGGCAUUCAAGCGUGCGCGCGAGUUCUGGGCCACCGAUGUCAUGAAGAAGCUCGCUAUAGGCGAUGAGAUUUAUCCAGGUCUGAACGUUACUACCGAUGAAGAGAUUCUGGCAUCCAUUCGCCGAAGCUAUAAUGCCAUCUAUCAUGCUGCUUGCACCAACAAGAUGGGGAAGAAGGACGAUCUGAUGGCUGUGGUUGAUUCUCAAGCUCGCGUGUACGGCGUAGAGAACGUGCGCGUCGUUGACGCAUCGGCCUUCCCACUUCUGCCACCGGGACAUCCGGAGUCUACCGUAUACGCCCUGGCCGAGAAGAUUGCUUGUGAUAUCGCGGGCAACUGCGCUCAGCCGCCGUUGCAGCCUACAUACCCUUCGGAUCCUAUGAAUUCUACUUAUCCGUCUUACCCUGGCAAGUGUAAGAAAAAGAGGCAGCGAUGAGCCGAACCGGCAUUUGUGUGACGAUAACACAUGUUUAAUUGACAUCUUAUUAUGUAAUAUGGAAUAAUCAAGCCUCACGACAUUUCUAUUUGACCACAUUCACAGGCGGCUGGGGCACACAUGGAUACACGGUAUGAGCUGUAUAUAUUAAUGAUUAUAUAACUAUAAGGCUAGAAUCAUCUUAGAAUACGACAUAUAUGGUUAUGAUCUACUGCUCAUCCAUGUGAUAGACGAUGUGUCAAUAUCCUCAAGAGGAGAAAGCUCCCACAGCCAGCGUACUCAGUCGUUCUUAGCCUCGUCUUUUGGCAGGCUAUUGCUCUUCA